AUGAAGAGGAUGCGAGAGCCCUCUGAGAAGUCCAAGAAGGCAAAGUUGGGAGAAACUUUUGGGUCAAGACCUCCAGUCCCUCUGGCUGACUCUCCAAGUAAGUCUAUACCUCUUUCCCGCUCUGUAAAACUUAAACCUAUUGCUUCUUCUCUUCCCCAAACCACUCCCAUCUACACCUCAUAUGAAACACCCCCCUCAACCACCAGAACCUCUAAGCCCCCCCCCCCCACUCUAAAAUUUAACCUUGCUACCACCAUAGUACCCGUUUCUGAAGCAGAAAUGCUGAAUGAAACUACCUCACCUUCUUCAUCAUCCUCACCUCAAUCCCCACCAUACUAUGUCUUUUCCUCUGACAACGAACCCUCUGACCCUCAAUACCCCACUCUAGCUCAGUUUCAUGCUCGUGCACUGGCCUCUCAACAGCCAUCACAAACUAUACCUGAACCAGAAGUCACCUCUCUACCCCCUGAACAACAAAAUCCAACUACAUCCGAACAACCUCAAACACCACCACCUGCACAACAACCUAAUCCACCUCCUGAACAACCAAUCCACUCACCAUCUGAACCUUAA